AUAGUCAAUACCUGACCUCAAGGAUUACUUGUUAAAAUUUAACCAGAUUAUAUAAACCCGCAGUAAACGCACAUUGCACAAAUGUUACUUACUCAUGAUCUGAAAAAUUACUAAAAAGUACAGAACAACACAAAUUAAAAACUAUUGUGUCACUACUGCUUUCAAGAUUACAAAUACUUGUAACCCAUCUGAAGAAUCAGGUUUAUUAUAAUUGUUACGAAACUAAUUAUUACAAUGACAUGUCGAGGAUGGUUGUAAUCAUGAAAAUAUGGGGUAUAUUCAAGUUCGCAAGCAAAACUAGACAAAGUGCAUGGUUCGUUGCCCGUGAAGUGGAAAUGGUAAUAUCUCCUAUCAAAGCCUUCUCUCACUGUAUUUUGCAGACUAGUUCAGUGCUUGUGAACAGCUGAUGUGGACCGCGCUGAAGAAGUUCUUCCAGAUCGUACUUAAUAAGUAGCGGAAAUCGGACUUAUUGUGCAGAAUGGGAAAAGAAAUAUGCAGUUUUUAAAAUGAAGAUCUGUAAAUGUAAGACCGCGUAUCACUACUGUGUUGGUGUAUUUAUGUCGCGUAAUAAAUAAAUGGGUCUUAAACCAUCGUAUCUCGGUCAUGCGGGGCAUGUGCAUAAGGUGUUUUUUAAUCAUAUACAUGUUGUUUGGACUGGCAGUAAAUUUUCAGAUAACGGAAAAGAAUUUAAAAGGGUUAUUAACCGAAAUCGAGUGGCAAUCAAUCAUAGGAAAUUCAGAUUCAGGAUCCAAAUUUUCAAUAACUUAUCCACAUUUGCGUGCCCCGUAUGAACAAAACAACUUCAUUCAUCACUUGCAAAUUGAAAUACCUAGUUUAGGAAAGAAAUUUAAAAUUGAACUAGUCCCGAAUUCUGAUCUCUUGUCUGAAGAUUUUGCUCUACUGGAAACUUAUGCAAAUGGUACAUACCCACUCGGUUUUUUUGACGACGACACUAAAUGUUAUUACAGGGGCGACAAAUCUGCAGUUAGUUUGUGCAAUGGAAUUAGAGGAAUUUUACACUUUGAACCAAACGAAUAUUACAUUAUUCAACCAUUACCCGAAAGAUUUUACAAUGGAACUUCAGAACGACCUCAUGUCGUUGUUCGCAAACAUCAUAAAAAAACAUGUCUCCAUCACCACAACACGAAGCUGCCCAGUGACAUACAACUGAAAAAUAAAAUAAAUCCAACCAAAGAUGAAGAGGCCAAAGCUGAAAGCGAAAAAAAUCCACUAAGUCUGAAGCGUUCAAAAAGAGAAUCUCCUCCUUUAGGCACACCAGUCUUUGUGGAAACUGCCGUUUUUGUAGAUAGGGACUUAUUUGAACACAUGAAGACUAAUUUUCCUGUCGAUACGGAAAGGGAAUUAAUUCGUUUCGUUCUUGCCAUGAUUAAUGCUGUGCAACUACUUUAUCAUGAUCCUAGUUUAGGCAGACCAGUAAAUUUUGUACUUAAAAGACUUGAAAUACUUAAAGAAGAAGCAGCGGGGUUAGUUAGACCACCUGAUAUUGAUCGAUUUCUUUCAAAUUUUUGUAACUGGCAAAGGACGAAGAACCCUGCUGGAGACCGUGAACCUCAACAUUGGGACCAUGCUUUAAUUCUAACAGGGCUCGAUCUAUAUGUAAGAGGAAAGCAUGGAAAAAUUUCCAAUCAAGUCGUAGGGCUAGCACCAGUAGCGGGUAUGUGUACUACAACAAGCAGCUGUACUGUCAAUGAAGGAAGACAUUUUGAAAGUGUGUACGUCGUUGCUCAUGAAAUUGGACAUAAUUUAGGAAUGAGGCACGAUGGCCCAUUAGCUGACAAUGAUUGUGAUCCUGCUAGUUAUAUUAUGUCACCAACUCUAGGUAGCGGAAAAAUUACGUGGUCUGCGUGCAGCCGCAGAUAUUUACAAAAAUUUUUAGAAACGUCUCAAUCACGGUGUUUGUUGGAUCAUGGGAGUUCAGCGGGUCAACUCGAUCAUAGUGCAGAAGGUGCCUUACCAGGAGAAAGAUUUGACGCCAACCAGCAAUGUAUGCUGAAGUAUGGUCGUGGCAGUCGUCACUCCUCUCAACAACCUUUAGAUGACGUAUGUCGUGAUUUACAUUGUGAAAGGGAAAGGUAUACAUGGACAUCUCAUCCUGCUCUUGAAGGAACGCUUUGUGGUCACAAUAUGUGGUGCAAAGGAGGAAGGUGCAUCUCACGCGGAUUUCCAGUUAGUGCUGCUUAUAGCGCUGCGUCUCAAACUUCAUCUCGCAUCGAAAAAUCGGCAGGAAGUUGGAGUAAAUGGAAACCAUUUAGUGAUUGUGCAUCAGGUUGUUUAUUUGGAGAGGAGGGAAGACUGCGAUCUGGAAGUACGGGGAUUACGGUGUCAACUAGAGUAUGCGGUAGUCCUCGAUUUCAUGGAAGUGGGAAUCACUGUGAAGGAAUUAGUAAAAAGUAUCAAACGUGUAACGCUCAGCAAUGUUUGAACGUUCCUCGUUUGACGAUUAAGGAAUUUGCCGAGCAAAUUUGUACUAGAGCAAGAGAUGUAGAUAAAGAUCUAACGGGUGCAGGAAUGCAAAAAAUCAGUGCUGACCCUGAAGAAGCAUGUUUAGUUUGGUGUCAAAAACGUAAUGGGGGUACUAAAAGUCGCGGUUGGACAUUUCCUGAUGGAACAGUAUGCCAAACUCGUCGUUCCCGCUAUGGUAAAUCAAGUUACUGCAUAAGUGGUCGUUGUGAAGAUUUUGUCUGUGAUUCUUAUGAAGAAGUGAUCUUUGCCCAAAUGCCUGAACUUUGCCCUAGCGAUCGCAGUGACAAUGAAAUUAUUUUCCGUACUGGUUUACGAAGCAGACACGUUAUUAAGUGGAAAAGUGCUAGUGGAUGUCAUUUUAACUGCAUAUCGCCUGGCACUGGUAUAAGAUUAGUUAUAAGCAAAGGCAAGUAUGCUAAAUCUAGCAUACAGUUGUGCCAACCUGAUCAGUAUGGUUGCGGACGGAUUAAAUCCCCCUUUCAACAUGCAUCAGUGAUUUGUGGCAAAUACAAAGAAAGAGUGGGGAGACUUUCUGGGGUGGGAAUGCAAAUUCCGCCAGCAAUAGAGGAUCCAGACAGACCGUGCAGAGUUGCUUGUCAAGAUGAAAAUAUUUUGCACAGAUAUUAUCUAGUUAACGGUGAAGAUGGAUGGUUUCCUUUUGGGACCGAUUGUUCACGGAGCACUUCUGAUAAAAAGGCGUACUGCAUUAGCGGGAAGUGUUUGGAAUUCGGGGCUGAUGAUACACCAGUUUCUGAAAGCGAAUUUACAUUACCCCUACUUUCAAGAAACCGACGAUCACUACAGUUUAACAAUACUAGAAUAACAGCCAAGUUAGAUCAAAAACAGUUAGAACAAAUUAUUUAUGAAUUAAAUAGAACACUUUCAGGCAAUUUUAAAAAGGAUCAUCGUUUCGAUAUUGAUUUAAGCAAUCCGAUUCAUGUACAUAUGGACAUGGCAAAUGUGCAAUAUCCACAAAAUUUUUAUAAUACGCAGUCAAAUGACAAUUUGAAUUAUACGUAAGAUUGGGUAUUAAGUCGAAUCCUAAGUAAACAAUUGUGAUUAAAUAAAUGUUCCAUUUUUAAAUUAUAUUUUUAAGCUGUAGCACUUAGGUAAACUAUUCAAUAAAAAAAACUAUUCAUAUGA